CUCUCUCUCUCUGUCUCUCUCUCCUCCUCCUCUUCAUCUCUUCUCUGCAGGAGAACCAUCCAUCCUCCGGUCAGACGGACACCUGCCUCUCCUCUCUGCCUCUUUUCUCUCUCUCGCCUCAUUCUUUCUCGGAGCACCGGACCAUCCGCCACACAGGGGCUCUCUCGGCUACCCUACCCCGCUCAGAGUGCACGGAGGGCGGCCAGCGGACGAAGUAGCGGUCGGUGUGAAGCCUGGAUGUAUUGAUUGGAUGUAUGGACGCAGUAUCACCUUGGGAGUUUCUCAGGAGAGUUCAUGCUGCGAUGUCUCACCUCUGACCUCUGACCUUUCUGAGAGACGCCUCUGAGGAGGGAGGGAUGGAGGGAGGAGAAGAAUCGGAAGCUUCCUCCAAACCGGGGAGAGACUCGCCGAGGGAAAGAGGAGAAACCUGCAGACAAAAUGGCGUCAUCAACACCCAGCGGCUGUCGGUUUACUCCACGCCGCAGUAUCCGGGUCUGGAUACGAGGGGGGGAGGAAGAGGAGAAAGCAUCCUGGACAGAGGAGGAAGUAGGGCUCCCCCUCAGAUCCUGAACCCCGGCGCUCUCCACCCCCACCAGAUGGCGCCCGGCAUCCUGAGGUACCCUGACGGCGUGCUGCGGUACCCGGAGAGCGUGCUGCGGGCGUGGGGGGAGGCCGGCGGCGGCGGGGGCGACUGCUGCGAGACGACGUUCAUCGAGGGGCUCGGCCCCGACGCCAGGGAGGAGCUGCUCUUUGACGAGAAGUUUCGGGACUUUUCCGGCGAGGACGCAAAGAUUCCCACGCUGUCGUACGACAUCGACGACGACGGAGAGUUCCAGGAGCUCGAGAGGAAACGAAUGACUUCCGGUCGUUUCGAAGCCGAAUCGACUGAUUUCAUGCUGAUGGGGAAGGCCGCGCCACGGCGCACCACUCUCCUACCCCGCGCCUACCGCCCGCGCCCGCGCUACCGCACGCGCCACACCUACCACCACCGCUACCACUCUCACUCCACCCCCCCCUACCUCGACCCCCACUACGUGCGCCGCCACGCGGCAAGUUGCACUGCCGCCGCGCGCACCGCGCUACCUACCGUGCUACACUCCCUACCGCACCACUACGCUACCACUACCCGCUACACGCAGCGCCCCUCGCCCUCACGCCGCUACCCCCGCUCACCCUCCGCCCCCCCACCACCGCUACGUUGCGCUACGCGCGCCGCGCGCAAACCUACGCUCCAGACUGUCGCGCCUGCGCGCCACUACCCCCCCCCGCUACGCCCGCGCCACGUUUCCCCGCUCCUAAGCCGUAGGCGGCGCGCAUACCGCUACUGCUGGCUGUGCCGCACUGCUGCUGCUGUUGUACGGCGCGCGCCGCCAAGCAUGCGCUACCCCAUGAGUGAGGAUGCCUUCCUGUUGAUGCCUCCCAGCGAUCACCUGGGCCUCAGUGUCUUCUCCAUGCUCUGCUGCUUCUGGCCGCUCGGCAUCGCAGCCUUCUACCUGUCGCACGAGACCAAUAAGGCGUCGUCUAAGGGAGACUUCCACGCGGCGAGCUCCAGUUCUCGGCGAGCUCUCUUCCUGGCCGUGCUGUCCAUCACCAUCGGGACGGGCAUCUACGUGGGCGUGGCUGUGGCGCUGAUCGCCUACUUCUCCAAGAACCACCGCUGGUGAACCACAAAUUACCCAUCAGGCACCUGGGCUGGGUCUCAGGCGAGCGUUUUCCUCGGGCCGGGUUGGACCACUUCCUGUCUGCGGCGGGCGUUUAACUCCAGAAACAUAGCGGGAUGUUUGAUGUUUCCACGCGGGGAACGUCACGCAGUUUGUCAGGAGAGUCUGGAGUUUUUCAGGACUUUAAACCAAUCAGAUCGCACGGAUCUGUGCGAGGAGUUUUAAUGAACAUUUCCAGCGUGAUUGUUUUUAUUCAAAUUCAAAUCAUGAAUUUAACUUUCUCUUUUACACUUUCAUUUGUUUUGUUGUGUGUGUGUGUGUGUGUCUGUGUGUGUGUGUAUGUGUGUCUCUGUGUGUGUGUGUGUGUGUGUGUGUGUGUGUGUGUGUGUG